AUGCAAGAUAAUAAGAGAAAUCCAAAUUUUCUUCUAUCCAUAAUAUCUUUCUUGGGGAAUAUAACAGAAAGGAAGAGUUCCUUUAAAAAGUCGUUCAAGGAAAAGGAAAUAAAACUAAAAAGCAAGAAAUCUUCAAUCUGUAUAUUUUUCAAGUCUGUCUUUAGUGCCUUACUUUUGUCUUUGUAUUACCUUCUGCUACAAAACAUCAACACAUGCACAGGAAAUAAAUAUUCACAUUCACACGUAAAUAAUAGACAUCCCAGGAUAUUAUAUCCAGACAUUUCUUCACUUUUAAAAGGAUCCCGUGUUAAUAAUCCUAUCGAAGAACAAAAGAAAAAUCUAUUUCCAUUUAAACAUGAUGAUAAUAACAGUUUCUCUGGAAAUGUGGAUAAACAAAAUGAACACUUACAAAAGAAACUUUCGAAGGACAACCAAUUGAAAAACCACACGGGGAAACAAGAACAAUAUAAUAAAAACGAAAUCAUGUUCAGUUGUGUAAAUACUGGUAAUUGCGAAGAAGUAACGGAAGACGAAUUAAACGAUAAAUUAAAUAACAUAAAGGGGGCCGUUAACACCAAAACGAUGAAUCUGGUAUGGAAAUAUGUACAUAAUCAUGAGAGGGUAAAGUUUACUCGAAUGCAGAAAGAAAUGCAAAAUUAUUGUAAAUUGUUAGCUAAACAUUAUCACAUACCAACAGAAUUUGAACCGAAAAGAUGCAAACAUGUAGAUGAUAAAAUAAGGAAUUUACUACUGAAGAAAGAUCGUUUUGAUUUAAAAAAUAUAAAGGACUUUGCUAAGGAAGAUUUUUGUGCAAGGUGGGAAUUUUUGAGGUACAUCAAUUUGAAGAGAAGAUCGUGGAAAGAACUUCGAGAAUCCACAAAGGAAAAGUGGGCAAACUACAUAAAUGACCAGUUCAAAAAUUAUAAACCUAAAAAGUGA